AUGGCAAUCUUCGAUGUCCUCAUCAUCGGCGGAGGCCCCGCCGGGUUGUCGGUCGCCACCGGCCUAGCGCGCCAGCUACACCGAGCUGUUGUAUUCGACUCCGGGAUUUAUCGUAAUGCCCUCGCAAGCCACAUGCACAAUGUCGCCUCUUGGGAUCAUAAAUCGCCUGAGGAAUUUCGCCAGGCUGCUAGGGAGCGCAUUCAGCGUUACGACACGAUCCAAUUUGAGAAUGCCGAGAUCAAGAAGGUCGAACGCAAUGCAGAGGGAAGCUUUACUGCUAUUGACUCAAAAGAGCGGGUGUGGAAAGGAAAGAAGCUCGUGCUUGCCAAUGGAGUCCGUGAUAUUUUUCCAGAUAUCGCGGGGUAUGGAGAGUGCUGGGCACUAGGAAUUUUCCAUUGUCUAUUCUGUCACGGCUUUGAAGAAAGAGGCUGCGAAACCGCCGCAGUACUCGCGAUUGGGGAUAUGGCCAACGUCAUGCCGGCGAUGCACGUCGCACGUAUGGCCAGGCGAUUCGCCACGACCGUGACCAUCUAUACACAUGGGGCACAAGAACUCACACAGGCACUCGAGAAAGCCAGCGAUGGUACGGGUAUUAGAGUUGAUAGCAGGCCUAUCGCGCGCUUGGUUAAAGGACAGGGUAAAUCAGAUGUGGAGGUUGCAUUUGAAGAUGGCACGCAGAGAAUGGAGGGGUUCCUGGUUCACAAGCCAAAGACGGAAAUCAAUGGUCCAUUCGCGGAGCAACUAGGAUUGCACCUCUCAUCCGACGGCGACAUCAAGACGACGGAGCCUUUCUAUAGCACCUCUAUUCCCGGGGUCUUUGCGGCAGGUGACUGUGCUGGGCCCAUGAAGGCGGUAGUAACGGCCAUGUCAUCGGGGACAUUGGUGGCUGGCGGACUGGCCGGGCAGUUGCAAGCGGAGCUAUACUCAGGGGAACAGAAAUAA